GUCCAGUGAGGAUUAUUUAGUAAAAUCCCAAAUGCUGAGGAAUGUUGCUAUAAAGGUCCCUUUUUUCAAAUCCUGCCGCGAACUCUCCCUCGCAAAUCUGAUCUCAGAAACCCCACCGCCGCCUCGCCAUGCCUCUCCUCCUUCCACCAUCAUGGCGACUUCUCUAAUUUCCCAUUUUAGCCUCCAAACCCUAACCCGCCUAACACCUCCAAACAUCAGAAGAUCCGUUCGAGCCAUGAGCUCGGCCCCACCACCACAGCGCCUCUUCCAGCUGAGGCUCGACCCUUUGACGGGGACCUCCGAAUGGGUGGUCGUGGAAGAAGACGUGGAAGAAAGCACGCCCAGAGCCCUUCUAUCCUCGACUUCGUAUCUCGACAUGCUUAAUGACUCCAGCAGGAACGCCGCCUUCCGUGCCGCCAUCGAUAGGACUGUAAUGAGGCCUUGCCACGUUCUUGACAUUGGGGCAGGAACCGGCUUGCUGUCUAUGAUGUCUGCAAAAGCGAUGGAUUCAACAAGUGUAUCAGAAUGUGCUAGUAUUGAGGGCAUGGUAUCAGCUUGUGAGUCUUACCUUCCGAUGGGUAAAUUGAUGCGGAAAGUUUUACAAGCCAAUGGUAUGGAAAGGAAGAUACGUAUCUUCCACAAACGCUCCGAUGAACUCAAAGUCGGUUUGGAUCUCCCCUCACGUGCAGAUAUACUAGUUAGCGAGAUAUUAGACUCAGAAUUGCUGGGUGAGGGGCUAAUACCGACUCUACAACAUGCACACGACGAGCUAUUGGCUGCAAACCCGCAAACGGUUCCAUACCGAGCAACUACUUAUGGCCAGCUGGUUGAAAGCACAUUCUUAUGGAAGCUACAUGAUCUACAUGGUAGUGAAGUUCAUGCAUCAGACGGUGUCCAUCUUACUCCCCUAGGAUUGGAGACAGGUAUUCGUGUCAAACCUCAGCAAUACGCCAUGCAUUGCAACGCAAUGUCAUCAGAGAUAAGAUUGCUAUCAAAGCCCUUCAAAAUUUUUGAAUUCAACUUUUGGAAACGGCCAGACAGUCAUGGAGAAACCGAGCUACGCAUACAGGCAACUGACAGUGGCACAGUUCAUGCUGUAAUUUCAUGGUGGGUGCUUCAACUUGAUUACGAGGGGAGAAUCUUCUAUUCUACAGCACCACUAUGGAUAAGUUCGCCCUUCAACACUAGGGAAGAAGUUACAUAUGCUCCUGGUACCACAGAUUGGUGUGAUCAUUGGAAACAAUGCGUUUGGUUCAUUCCUGGAACAGGACUAUCUGUAUCCAAGGAUGAGGUGGUUUUCUUUGAAGCUGUUCAUGGUGAUACUAGCAUCUCAUAUAAUCUCAGGAAUGCUAAACCAGAAAUAGAGACUGGGGAUUACGACUUUCAUAUUGGAGACUCAAAUCUUAUACUGUCACCAGAAAGGGUUGCAAUUUAUGGAGACAAAGAAUGGAGACUUGCCAUGUUAACAGCCACAAAAAAUGCGUUGCAGAGUAUGGUUUCUCCUCUGUGCGUUGUUGCAGAUGAUAGUGUAUUCCUCACAAUACUUACUGCAUCUCUUUCAACAAGUUCACAUGUAAUCUCUAUAUUUCCGGGGCUACGUGAGAAAGGUUUCCUGUAUCUGGAAGCUGUUGCUGAUGUGAAUGGUUUCUCAAUGGAUCGUGUUGAAGUUCUAGGAAGAAGGAAAACGUGCUUGACAUUGGAAGAUACUAACCAUAGAAAGGUUGAUCUGUUGAUCGGAGAACCAUUUUAUUAUGGAAAUGAGGGGAUGCUCCCAUGGCAGAAUCUGCGGUUUUGGAAGGAACGAACUAUGCUGGACUCGAUUUUAUCUGAAGAUGUGUUGAUCAUGCCUUGUAGAGGAAUCCUAAAGGCUUGUGCCAUGUCACUUCCGGACUUGUGGAGAAGUCGCCGCUGCCUGCAAAGAAUCGAAGAUUUUGACCAUUCAGCUGUAAAUGAGGUUUUAGGGGCCUGUGGUGAUUUACCUACAUCAAUUGAAGGUCCUUGCCUGCCGUAUUUUAUCUGGCAGUGUGGUGAGAGUAAGGAACUCAGUGAGCCAUUUACAGUCAUGGAGUUCAAUUUCACAGAGUCCAUCAGGACAUGUUUUGGUAAAGCCAAGGUAGAGUUCACUAGACCUGGAAUAUGCCAUGGGUUUGCACUUUGGAUUGAUUGGGUGAUGGACGCGAAGAACGAAAUUAUUAUAUCAACAGGGCCAGAAUGCAGAUAUUGGAAACAAGGAGUGAAGCUUCUGAGCGAGCCUGUGCGAGUCAGCACCCAUGGAUCGUGCAGUAUGGGUGAAUUUUGUUUGACUGAAAUAAAUGCGUCUUUCAACCCGUCCACCAGUGAAUUCAUCAUGGAGUCUGCUUUCUUAUAACUAUGAAAAAAUUGAUACUGUACUAGCUCCCCAU